AUUUUCCCAAAACACAUGGGCAUGAAUGAAAUAAGGGUAAAACUAAAGGGCUCCUUGUACAAAUUCCACUACUUUAAUAUUAGCGCCAUUUUUAUCUCAAUUUUUUUAAAAUUAUAUAUUUCGCGCAAAAAUGGCGGGUUAGGGUUUGAUCUCAUUCUCUCUUCGUCCACUCUGAGCAUUUGGCGAGUUGUAGCGAAGAUUGUGGUGAAGUUCACUUUUUUAGCAUUGAAAAUGACAAGUUAUUAUGAUAUUGAUGAUAUAUUAGCUGAGGAAGAGAUGGUUCCAGCUGUGUUCUUGCAAACAGCUAAUGAAGUUGGGAUAUUUGAUUGUGCUGAUGACACUAACAAGGUUGAAGCUGGUACACAUGUAGAAAUGCCCUUUUGGCUUGCUCAGGAGCUAUAUGUGAGACAAGUGGUAUCGAUCAAAGUUCCUCCAUAUUUUGAUACCAAAGCCAAGACGAGGAAUGAAAUAGGAGCUGAUGCAGCACAUGUUGAUCUAAGGAGUUUAUGUCCAUACUUUUAUGAUUUUGGAUGCAAGAUAGCACGCCUGAUUGGUGAAAAAACCAUUGGACCUCUACUUCUGGUUGCAUUUCGAACAAGAUAUAGAGAAGUCCUCAUCAAGGCUCAUACUGCAGCAUCAAUUGUGGCACCCAAGCACUUUUCUCUUCUUACAAAAGAAGAGACUAAAUUGUAUGAAGCUGGUCAAUCCUCAACAGCUGCAUUUAAGAAGUGGAGAAUGGGAGGUCCUAGACUGCAGAAAGCUUCUGUACUUGGGAGAAAGAGGAAGCCUGUUGAAUGAGUUUUUGUACUUGAAACAUAUGAUCAAUGUGAAGAUGUGUUUGUAGUAUCUAUUUGGCUAUUCAAUGAGAUUUACAUCUCCUUUCAACUAAAACAGAUUGUUUGGUACGGCGUACAAAAAUAGUAUUAAAUAAAAUGUAUUAGUAAUGUUGACAUUACUAUCGACUGUUUGAUUUGUGUAUUAAAUGAAUAGAGACAGUGUAUUAGAAUAAUGAAUAGUAUCCCAUAUUAUUAAUGCCAUGAA